UCCAUUGAGAUCAAAAUUCUGAAGGAAAAAAAAUGGAGCAGAGAAGGGGGGAAAUGUGGGCUUUGAUGUGUUUUCUUCUCUUGAAUUGGGUGAGUAACGUUUCCUCGCUUUCCGUGACCGUUACAGACGUCGAAUGCGUUUACGAAUACGUGCUUUACGAAGGCGACACCGUUUCUGGCAACUUUGUCGUCGUCGACCACGACAUUUUCUGGAGCUCUGAUCAUCCUGGCAUUGAUUUCAUCGUAACAUCGCCUGGGGGUAAUAUAAUUCACAGUUUGAAGGGUACAGCAGGGGACAAGUUUGAAUUCAGUGCCCAACGAAGUGGAAUGUACAAGUUUUGCUUUCACAACGCCUACACGACACCGGAGACCGUUGCCUUCCAUAUUCAUAUUGGCCAUAUCCCCUCUGAGCAAGAUCUUGCUAAAGAUGAACAUUUGAACCCAAUUAAUGUUAAAAUUGCUAAGUUGAGAGAGGCUCUGGAGUCCGUUACAGCAGAACAAAAAUACUUGAAAGCUCGUGAUACUUUGCAUCGUCAUACAAAUGAGAGCACGAGGAAGAGUGUAAUAGGAUACACGGUCGGAGAAUACAUUCUGCUAGUGGCUGCCAGCGUACUUCAAGUUUUCUAUAUCCGUCGUCUCUUCAGCAAAUCUGUUGCAUACAACCGAGUUUGAACAGGAACAAUCCUGUACAUGAGUUCACAAAUACCUC